UGUAUGAGUGAUGUGUUGUGAGAGUUUUAGUGUCACGAUAUUCUAAAAUGGGACCAGAUUUGACUAGCCAAGAGUCGGAUGGCGUCCCACAAGAUAUGGAGGACGCUGAUGGUGCUGAAGUACGACGUCGGUGGCGCCGGGUGGCUCUGGCUGCCCUGGAGGUGGAGCGCCACCAACAAGACCUCAGUGAAUGGGAACCUGAACUUUGUGUUCAAAUGUUGAUGAUCCCGGCAGCCAAGAAUUACGUUGCGAUCAGCAAACGACUGAAGAAAGCAUCUAUGACAUGGAUGUUGGAGUUCCUGGAGUGUGACGGGCUAGGAGUCCUGUUGGAGAGUCUGGAGAGACUAGGAGCUCAGGGAUUCUCCAGUGUAGCGGACACUGUGUCUCAGCUGCAAUGUGUCAGCUGUCUUCGGGCAGUCAUGAACUCCCAGGUUGGGCUGGAGUACAUCGUCCAACAUCGAGAAUACACAAGGCAACUCGCCAACAUUCUGGUGUCCCGCAACAACAGUGUGAAGUUGCAAGUGUUUGAGCUGUUGUGUGCUCUCUGUAUGUACUCCUCCGAGGGACACAGUCUGGCCCUUGACUCUCUCAACUACUUCAAGCAGAUGAGCCACGGGCGGAGGUACAGGUUUGACCUGGUGAUACAGGAGCUACAAACAGCUGAUACUGUGGUGUACCAGACAACGCUACUGGCCUUCGUCAACUGUGUGAUCCUGGGAGCAUCCGACAUUCUGCAGAGGAACCACCUCCGCACAGAGCUGUUUGGAGUUGGUCUGGAGAAGAUUCUAUCUUCUCUAAGGUCAACUGAAGACGAGGCUCUACAGAUUCAGCUGAAGGUAUUUGAUGAACAUCAGGCAUCGGACGAAGAACAACUAGAACCAUUGUCUGUGUGUCAUCUGUUUGAUUUGGUGUACAAAAAAGUGGUGGAUACUCCUCAGAUUCUCAUGCUCCAGUCACUACUCUUAGCACUUUCUCAACUUGAUCCAUCUGAUCCUGAUUCGGAUCGCUUGUGGGAGACUUUGCAAGAAGUUACGUCAGAUCCCAAGAAUGCUAAGACGUUUGUUAAGAGAACAGGCAAAACAAGAGAGUUUGGCACACAGACAUCAAGAAAUAGAUGGCUUUACACUAAAAGAAGGGCUAGCUGCACUGUGGGAACUCAAGUAGAUGACGUUAAGAUUUCCCCAACCCUCAGUCUUCCGGUGAUCAACAAUGAACCGACUGAUCAUCCUGACCUUUCUAAACCUACCAUGUCAAUCUCUAACUCCACCAGUGAUCUCUCGCUGUCUCCAAGUCCAUCUGUAGACAUUUGUCUAAACUGCCUGAGAAAGUUUGUGCGGGAAGAGCAACCAUCUACUUCACAUACUAGUGUACACAGGCCAGAAGAGCAACACCUAGAAAACAUUCCUAAUGUAGAAUCUGCUCCUGCUACAAAUCAAAGCCAAAGACUGUCUUUUACAAAAAUAAGAAAGUCUACUCCACCUCAAACUCUUGGUAAUCAAAGGAGCAACAGUAUUACCAUUGAAGAACCGAUAAUCAAAAGUUAUGUGCCUAUACAAACCUCUCCUACCUCUGAAAAAAUUUUCAAUUUAAGAAGUGAGACUACGUCAACUGUUGUCACCUCAGUUCCUAAUUCAAAUACCCUCAAUCAUCCUUCUCUUUCUGAAAACAUUUUAGUCUCAACAAUACCUUCCCCUCCUCCUCUCAGAAACACCAGCAUCAUACCCCCACCUCCACCCCUACCUGUGUCAACAGACCCAAACUACAUAUCAAAUAUCCCACUUCCUCAUCCAAUGCCAUUUAGCUCAAUACCACCACCCCCUCCUAAUACAUCACCUCCUUCCACAAACUGUUAUUUACCACCACCUCCUCCUCCAUUACCUCCAUCCUCAAAUCUUUCACCCCCACCACCUCCUCCAUUACCUCCAUCCUCAAAUAUUUCAUCACCACCGCCACCUCCUCCUCCACUCCCUUUGCCAUUAAAUGGCGCAACACCUCCACUACCACCUCCAAUGCCAUUAGUCUCAAAUGGACCUCCUCCACCUCCACCCCCACCUUCUAUGACAAAUGGAUCUUUUCCUCCUCCACCACCGCCUCCGUUUUCUGAACCCUUCAUAACACAGGAGAGGUAUGCUGAAAGUUUUGCACAUCCUACCUUCAGGUCUAACCCGAACUAUCACACAAUGCCUAACAGAAGACUCCCAGGAGAGUUUACCUCUGGCUUUCAUAAGUACAACACUCUACCCAAGCCAAGCAAGAAAAUGAAGACUCUUAAUUGGACCAAAGUGCCAAACCUAGUUAUUGGAAAGUCUAUAUGGGCGAGUUUGACAAUGCCUUUGGUGCCGAUAGAUUACAGUGUGAUUGACGAGUUGUUCUGCCAGAAGACAUUCUCAAAGUCUCUCAAAUCUCAGUCAAGUUCCGGUUCCAUCUCCCCUACUUUGACAUGUUUCUUGGACAGCAAACGGAGUCUUGCAGUGAACAUUUUCCUGAAACAGUUCAAGACUGGAGCUGGUGGAGUGUUGGAGGCUCUGAAGAGUUGCGAGGGAAUCCCUGCAGAGAGGCUGAAGGGGCUGCUCAGGAUUCUGCCUGAUGAGCAAGAGGUAACCCUAAUAAAGUCCCACCUCGGUGAACUCCACACACUUGAGACUGCAGAGAGGUUCUAUGCAGAGCUGCUACAACUUCCGGACUACACGCUGCGAGUCCAAGCCAUGCUGCAGAGAGAGGAAUGUCCUGCUGCAGUAGCUGAGCUGACUCCUCAGUUAGAAGCGGUUGUGUCUACCUGCGAUGCUGUAAUCAACUGUGGCAAGCUGGGAGAGUUUCUGGCUCUUCUGCUUCAACUUGGCAACUAUUUGAAUGCUGGGAGCUACGCUGGGAAUGCUGCUGGCUUCAAGCUGAACACUUUGCCCAAACUGCUAGAAACCCGAGCAAACAAGCCAAGGCUGACGUUCCUUCACUUUGCUGUUGACAUUACCCAGAAGAACCAAGGAGACAUGCUUUCCUUCACGGAGGACUUAGGAGGUCUUAGAGCAGUUGCCAAGAAUCCAUUGUCCUCUUUAGAAGAGGAAGUGAAAACAUUAGCGGCUUCAGUAAGGAAACUAGAAAAACAAUUGAAAGGUGCUCAAUCCAAAGAAGUUUUGCUGAAGUUCAAAGAGUUUCUGAAAAAAUCCGUCAAAGACGUUGAGAAAUUAGAAAAGCUGAUGGACAAGGCCAAAGCAGCAGAGCAGCGGCUGGCAGAGCAUUUUUGCGAGGAUCCUAAGAAGUUCAAACUGGAAGAGUGUUUGCUGCUGUUGGCUGACUUCUUUGGAAAGAUCAAGCAAGCAAUUGUGGACAAUUGUCAGAUGAAGAAACAGGAAGAGCGCACAGCAAUACUUGAGGCUGAAAAGGCACUGCCAGCAAAUAACAAAAAGAAAACUGGAGGUGGAAAGACAAAAAUAUUCCAAGAAGAAGAAAAGACAGAUCUUGUGGACAUUCUAAUGACUGAGAUUAAGUGUGGAAAGUUUCAAUUAAGACGAAGUCUACCAAACGGCAGUGCUUGAAUCGCAUUCAUUCAUUUCUGAAACCUUAAGACUGAAUCGGUAUGAAUUUAAUUUUGAUAAAACAACAAUGUACAAAUAGCUUUAAUUCUGUGUUCUGUCUAUCUAUGUCUCUAUAAAUAUAAUAUUUUUUAAUUGUUGAGUUAAUGAUCUUGUUAAGUUGAAUCGAAUUAAUUUUUUUAAGGCAUGGUAUGUAAAACUACUUAACGCUUUUGUGUGUGCGCAUUGGCACAUCACCAAUGUAACAAAUAUGUGAAAAAUAUCAUGAAAAUUUAGCUUUGCGUUUAAAGAAAGUGUCAGUGUAUAACUAUCAUGAAUUCCAAUAAAAUUAAUAUGCACUUAAUUAUGAUUUUAUGUACCUUUGAAAAUUACAUCCGUCAAGUUAAAAAUAGAGGUGUUUCAUUCCCGACACAAACAAGUUAACAUAUGUAAUCUUAUGAUAAAUUUAAAUUUGUUAUUGCUGAUGUAGUAUUAUGUAUUAUGUUUACCUGUCUAUGUUAUUUAAUCAUUAUUUGCUGUUUACCCAAAGCUGUAUUAUUAAAUAUAAAGAUGUUAACUCCCUUCAGUUGUCUUAUCAUCUUAGACUUAAGCGUAUUACUUGUAAAUUUGCUUACAUUCAUGUACUUUUAAGUAUUAGACCCUGAACUUUGUUUGUAGAGUGUUAAUAUGUUAGGGUUAGUAUAAUCAGUUUUAUUGAUAGGAACUAGUUAAACAACAAAUAUUUAGUUUCAUCAUAUUUACUUCUGAGCUGUCUAUAAUUGAUAAUUUCAUCUUGCUUUCUUCUUUUCUUGAUGCAUUUUUAUAUCAGUAUUCUAUUUAUCAUAGGAUUUUUGUGGCCAACCUGUAUGUGUAUAUUGUAGUUAUCGUUGGCAAAAUGAAGACAGUCAUCCACAAAAUGUUAGGCUGAACUGUAAAUUUUGUAAAAAUAUUAACUAUUUAGACAUUUAAGUGUUAUAUUCUAAAUCAGCCUAAUAGAGAUGUAAUUUUUAGAAUGUUUAUACCCUGUUCAUAAAAAAUGUUGUCUUUUAACCCUUUGAGUGCCAACGUCCGGGGAACCGGACGUUUUUAAAACGAGCCAAAAGUGCCAACGUCCGGCCGACCGGACGUUUUUAGAACGAGCCAAAAGUGCCAACGUCCGGCUGACCGGACGUUUCGUAAUGAUCGAACAGCUGUCAUAACAACCGAAUAAAUACUCGGAUUCUUUUAACCCAUAUAUUAACAUUGAGUCGAAAGUUGCUAGAUGCGAUACAUCGAUUUUCGUUGGUCGAAAUAUCGAAAAUUCGAUUUUUACGAAAUUUUAACCUAAAAAUCGCCAGAUCGCGCUCGGCAUUUUUAGCGCGACCUUCGGGAAAAAUCAUCGGCAUUUUUUGAGCGUUACUUUUAUUUCUCGCCUGGCA